UCAUGCGUGAAGGACAGGGACCCACAAGAGUGGGGACACCAGGAAGGAGAGUUGCCGCUGCGGCCGAGGGAGCAUCUCAAGCAGGGUGGAGCCAGUGCUGCAGAGGGGUCUCAGGCGCGAGAGGAGCUCAGACUUGGUGGCAGUUAAGAGACACGGGUGGCCUGGUAAGGCUUCCAGUUUCCAUGGCUUGGCGGGGGAAAGGCCCCACGACAGAGGGUAAGAGCAUCUUGUCCUCAGAGCUCAGAAGAGAGCUGACAGGCAUUCUCUGGGAAAGGGGAGUAGGUAAUUUUAAAGGUGAUCUGGCCAGAGCACCUAGUCUACGGCGGGUCUGAGUUUUCCUUUUGUAGGGAUUGCUAAGUUCUUUUGUGGAGUCAGACCUUUUGGGGGAUGGCUGUAGGAUUUAGCACAACGAUGUUAGUGUUUAAAAAGUUACUGAAAAUUAAAAAAGAAGUUUCUGAAUUUAUAUUUACCAAUGCAAGGCUUUGAACCUCUUAAGAAGUGCAGGCUUAUGGAUGAAGGCUCUACCUGCGUGGUGUUCUUGAAAGGCCUCUCCCCUCCUGUGAGUUGUACCUGUGACACAGCGGCCCUGAACACAGUGUGUGCGGAGUGGUCUUGUUGGCCUGCUGUGGGAAGCCUGUCAACUACUUGGUCACAGAAUUCCAGAUCCCAGCAUAGGAGAAGUUCAUGCUCCAGACAUGAAGACCGAAAGCCUUCGGAGGUGUUUAGGACAGACCUGAUCACCGCCAUGAAGUUGCACGACUCCUACCAGCUGAACGCGGACGAGUACUACGUGCUGGCGGAUCCCUGGAGGCAGGAGUGGGAGAAAGGGGUCCAGGUGCCCGUGAGCCCUGGGACCGUCCCUCAGCCCGCGGCCAGGGUCGUGUCUGAAGAGAAGUCCCUCAUGUUCAUCAGGCCCAAGAAAUACAUCGUCUCGUCGGGCUCCGAGCCUCCAGAGCUGGGCUACGUGGACAUCCGGACGCUGGCCGACAGCGUGUGUCGUUACGAUCUCAACGACAUGGACGCCGCGUGGCUGGAACUGACCAACGAGGAGUUCAAGGAGAUGGGAAUGCCUGAGUUAGAUGAAUACACCAUGGAAAGGGUCCUGGAGGAAUUUGAACAGCGAUGCUACGAUAAUAUGAAUCACGCCAUAGAGACUGAAGAAGGCCUGGGGAUUGAAUAUGACGAAGACGUGGUCUGUGACGUCUGCCAGUCGCCUGACGGCGAGGACGGCAAUGAGAUGGUGUUCUGUGACAAAUGCAACAUCUGUGUGCACCAGGCCUGUUACGGAAUUCUCAAGGUCCCAGAGGGCAGUUGGCUGUGCCGGACGUGUGCCCUGGGGGUUCAGCCCAAGUGUUUGUUGUGUCCCAAGAAAGGCGGAGCCAUGAAGCCUACCCGCAGUGGGACCAAGUGGGUCCACGUGAGCUGCGCGCUGUGGAUCCCCGAGGUGAGCAUUGGCAGCCCCGAGAAGAUGGAGCCCAUCACGAAGGUGUCUCACAUCCCCAGCAGUCGGUGGGCGCUGGUGUGCAGCCUCUGCAAUGAGAAGUUUGGGGCCUCCAUACAGUGCUCCGUGAAGAACUGCCGCACAGCCUUCCACGUGACCUGUGCUUUCGACCGGGGCCUGGAGAUGAAGACCAUCUUGGCCGAGAACGACGAAGUCAAGUUCAAGUCCUACUGCCCGAAGCACAGCUCGCAUCGCAAGCCCGAGGAGGGCCCCGGCGAGGGGGCCGCUCAGGAGAACGGGGCCCCCGAGCGCCCCCCCCGGGACCCGCUGGAGCCCCUGGGCGGCCUUGCGCAGAGCCAGGAGGAGGCCCACCGGGUGAGCGUCCGGAAGCAGAAGCUGCAGCAGCUGGAGGAUGAGUUCUACACGUUCGUCAACCUGCUGGACGUGGCCAGGGCCCUGCGGCUGCCCGAGGAGGUGGUGGACUUCCUGUACCAGUACUGGAAGCUGAAGAGGAAGGUCAACUUCAACAAGCCCCUGAUCACCCCAAAGAAAGACGAAGAGGACAAUCUCGCGAAGCGGGAGCAGGAUGUCUUGUUUAGGAGGCUGCAGCUGUUCACUCACCUGCGGCAGGACCUGGAGAGGGUUCGGAACCUCACUUACAUGGUGACCCGCAGGGAAAAGAUUAAACGAUCUGUGUGCAAAGUCCAGGAACAGAUAUUCAAUCUUUACACUAAGCUUUUGGAGCAAGAAAGAGUUUCAGGUGUGCCUUCUUCUUCCUGCUCCUCCUCACUGGAAAACAUGCUUUUGUUUAACAGUCCUUCUGUGGGCCCCGACGCUCCCAGGAUAGAGGACCUGAAGUGGCAUUCCGCAUUCUUCCGGAAGCAGAUGGGCACCUCCUUGGUUCACUCGAUGAAAAAGCCCCAUAAGCGAGACCCGCUGCAGAACAGUGCUGGGAGUGAGGGCAGAACCUUGCCGAAGCAGCCAGAGCUGUGCAGUAGAAGGGAGGGGACGGUGGCCCCAGAGAGCUUCCUGAGUUUUGAAAAGACCUUUGUGGAAGCACGUCUCAUAUCAGCACAACAGAGAAAUGGGGUGGUGACGCCGGACCACGGGAACAGGAGAGACCACCGUCUUCAUUGUGAUCUCGGGAAGGGGGACUUGAAGGACAGACCUUUCAAACAGAGUCACAAGCCUCUCAGGUCCACGGACGUGUCCCAGAGGCAUGUGGACAACACAAGAGCCGCCACCUCCCCUGGGGCGGGGCAGUCGGCACCCGGCACGAGGAAGGAGGCAGUGCCCAAGUGCAACGGCUCCCUAGUCAAGGCGAACUGUCGCCAGCCCGCAGCCAAAGUGCCUACCACACCCGCCAGCCCGCUGAAAAACUGGGGGGGGUUCCGGAUCCCAAAGAAGGGGGAGCGGCAGGAGCAGGGAGAGGCCCACGCGGGCGCCUGCCACCCGCCCCCGGACCAGCCCUGUUCGGGCUUAGGCCGAGUCCCGGCCAAGGAAAGGGCAAAGAGCAAACCGCAACCUGACAGUGAGAACGACGGCUACGUCCCCGACGUAGAAAUGAGCGACUCAGAGAGUGAGGCGUCGGAAAAGAAAUGUAUGCGCGCCGGCAGCACUAUCAACAGGAGGACGCACAUUAUCAGGAGGAGCAUUUUGGCCUCUUGAUGAAGCGGAGACGGCUUGGGAGCCAUCGGGUAGGCGAGAGCUCGGACACGGGGCCGAGCGGAAACCCCGUCACUCCUGAGCUGCACGAACACAUUUACUUGCGAUUCAGAUUGAAUUUUUUUUUUUUUUUCAGAGUCAUUUAUAAAUCAUUGUUGUGAGAAGUGUGUUAUUUGCAACUUGUUGAGGAAACGCAAGAGUUAGAUUGUAACCGUAAGACACUGCUAAGGCUAGAGGCUGAAUUAAACACUAAAAUGAUGAAUGGAUGAAAUAAGUUUCUAAAGAGGGCAAGGCUUUUAAAUAAGCCUCAUGAGUUUUUCACUGCCCUCUGUAUUCUUCCCAAAGCACAAACUCUCGGUUACCUGAAUAUACAGAAUCAGAUAUGGUUCUUGAGAAACGCUCACGUACCAUUUAAUAGCCCAUAAAACUUAUUUGCUAGGACUGUGGUGGAUCUUGAAAUCAUAUUUAUACUUUGGCCCGCAAGGCUGUUUUUGUUGCAUUAUAGUAUACGGGCAGUAGCUCUGAAGCUUCAGUAACUCUAGGGAAUUCUAUGUGUAAAUAUAACAGAGGAGGGAAGAGAAAAUUUAAAAGUCAUUCCUGGAAGAUCUGAAGGGACAGGGUAGAGCUGCUGGAGCUUGGAGAUUUAGGGUAAAUGUAAGCAAGGUCCUGCUGCCGGAAGCCCUUGAAUGUGUUGUGGAUAUAGGGCUGGUGGAGAGUGAAGCCAUUACCAAGUUCCAUCUGUGAGAAAGGGCAGUUGAGGUCCCGUCUUUACCAGUCCUCUUGACCUUUCUCUUCCCUAACCACUGCCUUUUGGGCCAGCUUGGGAUUUCGCUGGCCAGUGGCAAAAACUGGCCAUCUGGCUUCCAACAAUACAAUGGCUAUUCAAGUUCAAGUGAUGAACUUCCAGACUCUGGUGACUCAUAUUUCCCAGAGCCGACCGCUAGUGCAUAUGUUGGGGAAUCCGGCCUUCCAACAUGAACAGAUUCCUUAAAAAAAAAAAAAAAAGAAAAAGAAAAAAAGAAAGAAAAAAGAAAGAAAGAAAAAAAAAAGCAAAAUAGGUUAUAUUUAAAAAAAAAAAUAGAAAGGCAAUAAGUUGCGAUAACCUCUUACCACUGAUUGACCAAGGUUAUACAGGAAAGAGAUUGAAGUGUAAUAGGUUUUCUGGAGUCGGAGUUCUAAGCUCUAGUUCGUAACUUGGACUUUCUAAUUGCAAACGGCAAUAACUAGUAAGUUAUCAGCAAUAAUAAAUUUAGCAUUAAAUUUGAGUACAAUGUUCUGUUUUUGCACUCACUGCAGUGCAUUAUGUAUUAAGACAGUGGAUAGUGUUAAGGUCCUGUUAAUUUUUUUUGGAAUUCAAUGUAGUUGUGAAUCAAACUUAAGGAAAGUUUAAGUAGCAAUGAGAUUUAGAAUUAUGGGCACUUGGAACAAGCCCAACUUCCCCUAAAUUAUCCUUUAGUUUGUUAAUAUCAGUAUUCAGAUUCCUGAUUCAUUUAUAUACAUUUGUUUCCAUGUGGCAGGGACAUUCUGAUACUUAAUGAGUAAUGCUUUGGGUUCUGUAGUUACCUUUCAAGUCUUCCGGACGACUGCCAACAAGGAAAAAGGCUUAUUGAAUUCCAUCUUGCUAUGCAAGUUUUAUCAGAUGAUCAAAUAGUAGAUCUGAUACAUCCCCAUUGUAUGUAUGACAUUUUCAAACCAAGUCUUAACUUUUCGAAUACAUUUUAGUAGCUAAUUCAGGGGAGGGGAAAGAAUGACCCAGGUUUUUAGAUUGACUAUUUUUGAGCUAUGGGGCUCAUUUUUCAAAGACUGUUACAGUCCAGAUAAACUGUUGCUACAGAUACUAGAAGUUUCUUAUGAAUCCAAGUUGUACAUUAACUCGGCAUAAUUUAAAUUUUUUUUUUUUUUUUUUUUUUUUUUUUGCAUAUGAGCAAAAAACCUUUUGCUGGAUACAGAAGAAGGUGGACUCGAUUUACAGUUAUCUUUUGACUACAGCAACAGCUCUGGGUGAGAGUAGAAUAUAUAGAGGGAUAAUUUGUCAAGCCAUAGAAAGAAAAUCUAAAUUAAUUCUAGUAAGUGUAUGACCUCUCACCAUUAUAAGAGGUACCAGAUUCAUUUGCACUAUUAGGAAUGCUAGUUUUGUGCAAAAAUAAUGCCUUACCUGUUUUUUCCCCACAUUUAGGUUGAAAAGCUUUCAAACGUUCCAAGUUAUGCUGAACCAAAAACAAAACAAAACAAAAAAUAAAAAUAAAAAAAAACCCACACAAGAACAAAACACCCAAAAACAAAAAGCCCACACUUUUAAUUCCUGCUUUGAAAUGCAAAUGGUACAGAGCUCGGUUUCUCUGGCAGUGUAAUGAUAGCUCUGUGAGUGGGUGAGUUUCACGUCCUGCUGGGAACUCUGUAUGCGGCGGCAUGAGCAGCAACCAGCCCGCCGAACCUGCCCACUUGCACUCUGAGUACGGAACCAUUUGCUCUUCUUUUCUCCUUUUUCUUUUUUUUUUUUUUUAAAGCUUUAUCUAUCUUUCCUUGUGCAUCCUGACCAAGAAAUAUCUUUGAUUAUGAUCAAUGUAUUAUGUCAAAAUGUAGGCUAGUUAAACUUUUGUAAAGUUGCCUGGAAUGUCAUUUGUUAGGUUAUAAACACAAAAUCUAAAUGAAGGGUUAUAUGUGUUGUGUACAAAUCUUAAUUAUUUUGAAAUGGACAGACUUGUCAUUACAUUUGUAACCUUGUACAGAGGAUUUUUCACUAUGUGCCUAGCUUGGUGUCCAUUCAGCUAAAGUUGGGAAAAAAAAGGUGCAUGAAGAGUUAAAAAUCAGAAUUAAACAAAGUAUAUGUAGAGAUGACUAUUUUAUAUUACAUGGCCCAAUCCUGUAUUUAUUUCUACCCCCUUUUUGAAAGUAUUUAUAAAACUAGUUGAGGACAGCUGUAUUUUUUUGUUGAACUAUUUAGUAGAAUUUGUGCCUUUUUGUCUGUAUGUGAAUAAAUGCUGUACAUUUUGCAGUA